AUGGACUCACCAUCCUUGUCUCCGACAGUUCUCGACGAUGUCAGGGAUCUUGCGCAGACAGCUGGGUCGGUUUAUCGACUGCUGCACCAUCAGACGAAGACGCAUCUGACUGAUCCCUUUCAACUUGAUCUCCAAGCCCUAACUGGCCUCCUCCUCCGUCUGACUGGCGUUGUUCAUUCCUUGCUACUGCAUUUACAAACUCUCAGCGACGAGUCGCCGCAAAGGAAUCCUACAAGCAACGCCAAACUCACCUGCUUGAGCCACUGUGCAGAUAUACUCGGCAGCCUUCAAGAUCAGUGGCAAGAUGACGUAGCAUCGAGGGAAGGAAACUUCCCUGGAGCCGCCAACUUGAGGCGCGUCCACGAUGACCUCUUGGUUGUUCUAACCCGAUUCGACAUAACUCUUUACUCUACGACCUGGACUGUAGCGGUUGGGACACUGUCGCGUUCAUUGCCAUCAACAGCCGCUCCCCGCGAGCAAGACGACCAUGCGUUUACCAUCAUAGCUAAUCGCGCUCCCCCUGAGGCCCAGCACCUGAUUCGGUCGAACUGGGAGUAUCACCACAGCAACCUCAAGUUACAAUGGCUGCUUGAGCAACGCUGCGAAGGAACCGGCGAGUGGCUAAUCGGAAUCGAUGUCGUCCAGCAGUGGCUCAGGGGAGAUCAUCGCUUUGCUUUGCUUUCGGGAUCUGCAGGCUGUGGGAAAACCUUCCUCACCGCUACCCUGUUGGAGCAGCUCAGCAAGCGAGUCGCGACGCAUACUGUGCCGCUAUGUUACCACUUCGCCGAUCCUUUUGAAGCAAACGAGCUUCGUGACAUCCUGCAGCCUUUGACACUUCAGAUGCUGACCCAGUAUCCAAAGGCAUGGCAAGCCUAUCUGGACUUCAUGCUCGCCCGUGAGAUUCAACUCGACCAAGAACUCUACCCGGAACUCUCAUGCCUCAGAGACGUGCGGUUGCUGGUUCCCUUGGUCAAGACCCUUCUCAGCCUGCCUGAUAAAUCCUACAUUGUCCUGGAUGGACUUGACGGACUGAUACCCGACAUUGCUUGCGAGCUACUUGAGAUUCUUCUUGAAUGCAAUGGCCUCCAGAUUCUCGUGCUUAGCCGGCCACUACCCCUUGAAACAUGUGACCGAAUCCGCAAUCGACUUGAAGCCAAAGCAGCAGAACAUAUCGUCUGUGAGAUAGGCUCGAAUCUUGGCGACAUUCAAGCCUGCAUUAGGGAGAUUGCUGCUCGGAAUGACGACAGCGCCUUCAAUUCUCACAUGGCACCAGAGAAGCUGGAGUCUUUGGUCUUGAAGUCUGGCAUCAGUCCAUCCGAUUCUGACGUGCAUUUCCAGUUGUUAAAAUGCCGCUUGUGGUACCUGCAGACCAGAGAUCGCCUUGGGCAUUCAUCUUUGGCCGCCCUAGAUCAACCAAACUUCUUGGGAUACACCCACCUGGAAGAGUUGUACAAAGCUGUGGUCGACCUGAUCAAGUCUGGCGGCUCAAGCUUGCAGCUAGGAAUACGACCUGUCAUUGACUUUCCUCCGACUGUUGAAGAACGUUACAAUACAUUAAAGAGAGCUCUCCAGUGGCUGGUUGUCAUAACAAAGCAAGGAUCCAAGACGCCCAGUAUGGCAUGCUCAAAGAGAGCAUUCUUUGAAGGGCUGUCUGUAUCCUCGGAUCCCGACGCAGAGUCACUGGAUACGCUCAUACCAUCCUAUGAACUUGAAAGUCAAUACUCUUGGCUUCUUGAUCUCUUUGCCCACGAGGUACAGGUCAAGGCCCCUACUGACCAACGCCGGGCUGACCAUGUCGAUACCACGGAAUCAUACCGUUACUGUAUCCACAACCGCAGCCUUGUAGAGUUUGCUCUGAAGAAUCUGGGCGAUUUUGACUCUAGACCGGGCGAAACAUGGCUUACUUCUGCCUGUCUGCGCUUCCUCAACAUGUCAGAUCAUAGUGUCAAACGCGACAGGCGUCAAACAGAGGCGACCCGGCUCAAGCACCCAUUCUUCGAAUUUGCAGCUGCAUGGUGGCCAUCCAUCGGUAGCCGUGUUCUAGGUUAUGUGCAGCCGCCGCUAUUGAAGCUGUUCAAAGAGCACUAUAACUUUCUGAACUGGUUGGAUGCAUAUUUACGCACCCACUGCGUGAACAAGGGUCACGGGAGGCUCCAAAGCUUGUCGUCUGAAGAUACCACAGGAAACAAAGGCAUCUGGCGAAAAAAUGCGCACACUCCUUUGGAUAUAGCUGUAAGCCUUGGUCUCUCGCCCAUGCUUGCAGACCUUGAGGCGCAUCUUCAACAAUGCAAGCAGCUCUUCCCUCGGUUGUACACUUCCGAGCAAGAAUCGACGUCGAACCUGUUACAACUUGCCCUCAUUGGUCCUCGUGCGUUGAUGACAGUUUCUACUCUGACCGGACCCACGAGUAUAGACGUGAAAGGUACAAUAGCCUAUUUGCUCACACGUAAACUUAACCCCGAGGAGCGGGGUCGCAUACCAUCCUUGGCCGCGCAUGCACUUUUGGUUUGUGCUGAGCUUCGAGACAACAAGAAGGUAUUUUUCAACAUUCUCAGUAAAUUCCCUUCCAGGCCUUAUGGACGUAACAUCCUACACACCCGAUCGUUUGCAGCCGCUCUUGAACGCCUGGAUGCAGGAAGGUUUGCGGACUUUCAAAACGCCGUUUGCGAAGACAUAUUGGACGUUGAUGCUGUUGCCCAUGCCAAGGACCCUUAUUACCAGUCAGACGAUGAAGACGGCACGGACGAAGAGGACGACGAUGGUGAAAAGGACCACCGCUCAUCGGAUCGAUGUACAGCAAAAUAUCUUGUGCAGCUGGCGUGGAAACUUGGUAACAAGAACAAGCUUGAGUGCGUUCGCAUGGACGUUGACCGUCCAAUCCGCUGUGAAGACUGGCAGUUUAUGAGUCUUUGGGCAAGAACCCAUAAGAGACUUCGAGUUGACUGGAUCAAGCGCCUGCUCCAAGAUCCACGUCGACCUGUCAACAAGCCCCUUGUCGAGCCGAUUAGCAAUGAAAAAUGGCUCAACAGGGAAGAUAGUUUGCAGACACCCCUUCAUCUGCUUGCCGAGGUUGCCCGACCAUCGCCAGGCAUAAUCUCGUGGAUCCAGGCUCUCCUGGACCUCGGGGCCGAUGUCAGUGCCAGGGACGGCAGAGAAAGGACACCUCUGCACCUGGUGGAGUCGCCCGUGGUGCUUGAGAUGUUUUUGCGCUUUGGUGCCGACCUCGGUUCUCGCGACGCAGAUGGCAGAACUCUGUGGCACGUUGUUGCGUAUAAUCAUGACGUGGAAAUGUUGGAGGCUCUCGCCAAACUGGAUCCCGCCCCUCUGUCAUGCCUGCGUUCCACCACCACGGGGGGACGCACACCCUUGGCAGAGGCUCUGGGGAACUACCAAGGCUCCAAAAGUGCAUUUCAAGCCUGCACGAAGAUACUUGAACUGUGUUCACAUGAUGCUUUAUCCUUUGCCAGCGAUGUGCCACUACUUCACAUGGCAGCAAAGUGGGCCAACGAGCCCUCGAUUUUGAAGGAGCUCGAAAAAGCCGGAGCCGUGUGCCCCGAUGCCAUCGCAAGGGACGGCGGGACUGUGUACCACUUUCUCAGUCCCCACGUCACCCCAGACUUUGUCAAGACGCUGGAGCAGUUAAACGGCAUCGACGACGAUUUGCUUGUGAAGCUCAACAGGAGGGGAUUGACAGCGUUCGAAAGCUGGAUUGAUUCCUUCUUCGAAUACGCUCGCGAGCAAUCAAGCUUCCGUGAUCCCAUUCGUAUCCCGAACAAGAAAACCCGUUCUUGUGUCCUCAAGGUUUUGCUUGCUCCAAGGGUAGUUUCAAGCAAAAGCCCAGUAGGGCUGACGUUUUGGGAAAGAGUCUGCUUCAAUUGUCUUCCCGAACUUUUCGGCCGGAGGCCGCAGCCUCAAGAACUCAACGAAUUCCCGGCAGAUUAUCUUGAUUAUAUCGAUGAUAUUCUCCAAGCCAUGGCGGCAUCUGGCGCCAUCGAGUUUUACGAAGAGGACAGCUCGAACUGUGCAUUGGUUCCUUUCGUGGCGAACGUGGUGCUACUAGACGAUGUCUUGGAUUGUGCACAUUUGAAGUCUAGGACGGAGGGAGUGCUCUACGAGUUUAUAGAAGUCCUACUCAGCAAGACAAGGCACGUGGAACCUCUCAGAAACAACCAGAUGAUGGCGGAUCUUCUUUGCAAUGCAGCAGUGCUUGGCUUCAAAAGUCUGGCCAGGUCAUUGCUUGCACAUGGGGUCGGUAUCGACACGGUUGGACUGCGGGGAGAAAGUCUCCGUGGGAUAAUAGAUGAGCUCAAGACGCCCCGGCUCGUGGAAUACCUGGAAGUCCUGCCAUCUUGA